CCUCAGCAAAAUUUCCUUUUCACCAGAAAUAUUUCACUUUUAGCGUAAUCGUUCAUUUUCAAUUCGUCAUCAACAUUCACAAGUCGCGCCUCUGCAGGUCAUGUCGCUGGACUUGGCCGUGACCCCGGCGCCGCCGCGCGGCAAGGGCGGCGGCUGCUCCGUCAAGACGGAGGCCGUGCGCAUCCAGGAGCUGUCGCUGGCAGGCGAGGCCGAGGAAGGCUCUCGGAGCUCACCUAAGCGCAAGCAGCGACCAGCCAGCGGAACUGUGGCCACAGACCUGACAACGUUUUCCGCAGAACUGCCAGCCGACCAGAAGCGAGGCAACAAACGUGCACUGUUGACGACUGUGCCAAGUGGCCGACGCGACGGCGAAGUGGUGGAGGUCGAGGGGCUGCUGGUCGUGGCGGAACAGGUCGGCACAGGGCAGGACUCGCCAGUGUUCCGAACGCUCGGCUCGAUCUACUGCGUCCUGGUGCGGAAGAGCAGCGGGUUGUCAUUGGAGACCGUGUCCAAGGACAGUCAUCAUACUGUUGUGCUGGAUGUUGACGCCAUGGACCUGGUGCACGAGCCAUUCAAGAAAGAUCGCAAGUUCCAACUACAAUAUCGACUGAAUGGUAGUGGCAACGGGUUACGAGCUCCGUCCUACGUCUUUAUGGCGUCGACGAAGGAAGAAUAUGUCGAGUGGGUGAACGGAAUUCUCAGAUUCCAAGCGGCAGGGUCAAGAGAGCACGAAAGCACGGCGAGUACAGGGGACAAAAUGACUGGUUCUCUAUCUUCAAAUUGCGUUAGAAUGCAACAGGGGACACCAGAGCCGCGUGGACAGAGUGGAGACCAGCAAAAUGAGCAAAGAAACCAAAAACUAGAGCCUCAAGUGCAGUCGUCUCUAGGUGAAUUCGUGUACGCCACGCCACCCAGUACGAAGCACAUUAUCCUAGUUCGACACGGCCACUACAUUAACGCUCAUGUGCCUCAAGUAUCAGACUCAGAGCAAGUGCUCUCGCAGAUGGGAAGACAACAGGCAGAGCAAACCGGCAAAUGCCUGGCAAUGGCACACAACCGCGUCCCUACUCGACACGAUGUCACUGUCUACCACAGUGAUAUGACGCGUGCAGUGGAGACUGCUGCUAUUAUCGCCAACAACUUUGGCGAGGUGUUGCUAAACCCGAGCCCAUUGCUACGUGAAGGCUGGCCUGGACUGCCAUACUCGUCCAAUCCUGCAUAUGGAGGAGCUGCAGGUGCACGCGACAAUAGCGCGUAUGAUGCCAUACAGGAACGAAGUCGUAUGGACGUCGAACGGAUGCAGAAAGCUUUCAACAGGUUCUUCUUGAGCUCAGGCGAAGCUCAAGACGAGAGCGACGAGGAGUCCUACUGCGUACUUGUGUGUCAUGCCAACCUGAUCCGGUUCUUCCUGUGUCGUGCACUCGGUAUAGACCCCGCGAACACGUGGGGUCACUUCGAGAUCAACCACUGCGGCAUCACUCGCAUCGACGUGUGUGCUAAUCGGCCUAUCAAGGUCACGGCAGUGAACGAGACCGGUCACUUGCCACAGUCCCUCAUCACGUCGAGCGAAGAUCAUCUAUAAGCAGGCGGUGGCAAGGGAAGCAACACAGUUGCUGCUGGAAAUAUAUGUCGUCAACGUGUUAGACAAACGCAGCGUUCAGCCUUCAGUUAGGAACCACAGAAGGCUCUUUCGAUGCUAAACUGAAUGUGACAAACUCUGUUCUUAGACAACAGAGUUACUGACGUGGUCUGUGCCGGAGUAGAAAUCCUCGUUGAACGCAUCCAGACGUGCCACUUGCUCCGGCGUCAGCUUCACUUUAGCCGCUUCCAGGUUCUCCUUCUGUCUUGCUUCGUGCACCGACUUGGGCAGCGUGGUGUAUCCCUUGGCCAGAUCCCACGCAAUCAGUACCUGGGCUGGUGUAGCCUGUACUUCCUUGGCUAGUUCAAUAAGUCUCGGAUCGUCGAUCUUCUUCACUCUAGCCAGAGGCGAGAAGGCUUGGACAUGAAUGCCAUUCUCCUCGCAGUAUUUGACUAGUGGCUUUCUCGUGAGCCACGGGUGCAAUUCGAUCUGGUUCACGGCUGGUUUGACCCUCCACGUCUCGGCCAGUUUAGUCAAAUGUGGCUCUCCGAAAUUGGACACGCCGAUGUCGCGCAGGAUGCCUUCCUUCUGCAGAUCCUCGAGCGCACGCCAGGUAUCAGCGCGCAGCGUGGGGUCGAAGGGCUGAUGUAACAGGAACAGAUCAAUGUAGCCGCAGCCGAUGAGGUCGUUGCUGGAGCGCGCACCCUCAAGCGCCUUCUCGUAUCCCCAGUGGAACUCGCGCAGCUUGCUUGUGAUGAAGAUCUGCUCGCGAUUAAUGCCGGAGUCCCGCACUGCGCGACCCACGUCGGCCUCGUUCUCGUACAGCCGCGCGGUGUCGAUGUGGCGGUAGCCUAGACGCAAAGCCGACAGAACCGACUCGUAAGUCUCUUCGCCGGCUGCGGCCUUGUACACGCCAAGCCCCACCAUGGGCAUCCGUGCCCCGCUGGGCAACGCAACGGACGGCACGUCAACGCUCAUAUCAAAAACGAUCUGCUUCUGACAAGCAGAGGACCGUUAAUAUCACUUUUAACAGAUCUUUCUAGAAAUGAUAAAUUUUGAUUUGAAUCAAAGCUACAAGUUAUAACGUU